AUGCCGUCUCUCGCUUCCCGCCGAAUAGCCCGCCGCCCAGCCCUCGAGGCCAAGCUCGCGCACAUGGCCCAGGAGCUUCAAGCGCUCGUCAACACCCAGACGGGCAUCGCCCAUCGCGACUUUCCCCUCACCAUUGUGCAGUUCUGGCUUCUCACCGACGAACAGCUCGAAAGUCUCGCCAGUUUCUACCACCAGCGCACACCCACGCCGUGGAAAUACUGCUACCCAUGCCCAGUGGAGUGGCCACGAAUUGGCCUGACGUUGGAGGACAAGCGCCGCAAGUUUGGCCGCUUCAUCGGUCUGCGCGGCUGCGACACGCCACGGCGGCCGACCGGCUCGGGGCACCUGGGUCGCCGCCAGCGCUGGCCCAGCCCUGCCAAAAGUUGUCGCGGUGACUGUCGUAUGUCAUGGGAUGACGAAACGAUCUGCAUGCCCUGCAGCAUGCGCAAGAUCAACAAGAUCGUUGCCGGCGAUGACCCAAGCUCCAGCGAUAACAUGUGCAUGGAUGUCGACAACGUGGAGAUGGACACCAAUAUGGACACCAACAUGGACGACUGCGAAAAGGCGUCCAGCGAGAGGUCCUACACGAGGCCCGAGUCCAAAGACCUCACCGUCGACGAGAUUAUUGAGCAUGCCCAGCGGACACGCCUCCAGGCCAGCGCCAGCGAAGAAAUUAUGCGUCGCAAGACAGGCCACUACUAG